CCGCCCUGGCAUGUGCGGUGCCGAGAGACGGUGUCGUGACUCUCGAAGCCUCCUGUCAUUGUCGAUUGUCAUUAACGAAACAGUGAGGGGGCCAAGCAGGACAUCGUUGCACUUUCACAGUAUUUUUCCGCCCGGCGAGUCACUGAGACAGUCACAGGGGGGAUCUUCCAUUCAUGGCUGAUUCCGCGUCUCCCACGCACAGUUCAACAACCUCAACGCCGUCGGGAAAGGUCCACACCGGCCGACAGCGGACCAUCGCAUCGUGCUUAACUUGUCGAAGACGCAAGGUUCGCUGCGACCAUGGCCAUCCCAUAUGCGGAGCUUGCCAGCGUGGCAAUCAUAUAUGCACAUAUGCCACCGAGCAAGCUGCUCUCCAUCACCAGCCCUCCACGGGAGUGGGAAAAGUAUCUAAGCUCUCACCGCCAGCAUCAUCCAAGCUCGCGCGGAAUUCCGAUGUUCAGGCCCGACUAGAUAGACUAGAGGCUCUCCUGGAGAAGGCUGUCACUGGGGGCCAGAAUGGCCAGAAAGUCCCAUAUAGAUCUGACGCCGAGUCUCCUCAUGACCGGCACCUAGAUCGCGAGCCUCCCGGCCUUACGCCUUCCUCCAAUAGCGGGAGCACUCAUGGCGCCGGUAUCUCGUCCGAUGGCCAUGAUGGCACUUUGCUCCUCGAGGACGGGCAAUCUCAGUUCGUCUCCUCUCUGCAUUGGGCUCUUUUAGCGGAUGAGAUACAAGACAUCAAAGCCCUUCUUGGAGAUGGAUCUGAGCAAGAGACGGCGAAUAAGCACCGCCGUCCUACCCAGACAUCCUUAGGGACGCUGUUUGCCUUAGGAAGCGGCACCCACGGAAUCGAUCUGACCAACUUCCUACCAGAUACGCCGGAGCACUGCGAGUCUCUUCUCGACACCUUCUUCUCCAAUGUUGACCCAAUGACGAGGAUUAUCCAUAAACCGACUUUGUUGCGUCAGUUCAAUCAUCACGUCCGUGAUUCCACCCCGCUUGCGUUUGCAAUUUUCUUCUCCGCUACCAACAGCAUGACUUCAGCAGCCGUUAAAGAAAAGUUUGGUGUUAAGAGGGAUAUUUUAAUGGAGCGCUUUGAACAAGGCCUCGAAGUGGCUCUCGCACGGGAUAAUUUCUUGACUAGUGCUAGCCUGGAAGUGCUACAAGGCUUUGUUUUAUGGCUUACUUGCAUCACCAAAGAAGACGACAUGAGUAAAGCGUGGACGUUGCUGGGGCUUGCGAUUAGAAUUGGGCUAAACCAAGGUCUGCACAGGGAUCCAUCACUAUUCCCUGCUGGUUCCAUGGACACUGUCACUAUAGAGGUCCGCCGACGCCUUUGGCAUCAGAUAUGCCACCUUGAAUUUCGUGCCGCAGAGUGUAAGGGGCAGGAGCCUACAGUUUCCGAUGACGACUUCACUACCAUGAUGCCCCGAAAUGUGAAUGACGAGGACUUGGAAGAAGGCUGCAGCCCAGGCUCGGCCCCUUACGAUAGAAGCUCAUUCACCGACAUGGCUUUUCAGCUUGUUCGUUUCACUGGCAUGCGCUGCAUGAGAAGAAUUAUUCAGAGUACGUAUCGACUAGAACGCAGGAUUCUGUGGUCCGGACUUCGAGGACACUCUGCCCCUGAUCCAGUGCUAGAGCUUCAGAUCCUAUACAAAGAAAUCAAGACGUUGGUGGAUGAGAUGGUUGAAGAGAAUCGCACCAAAUACCUGCAGUAUUGCGAUAUCAACGUUCCAAUGCAACGGCUUUGCUUGGGCCUUGCAUCUCUAAUUGAGUGGAGACCCUGGGUAUUGUUUUGGCUGAGGAUACCUAGAGCCUAUCGAGACUCUGUUUUCUCUAUAGACAUUCGGAGAACGAUAUUCUUCAAAUCUGUGAAUCUCAUCGAGACGAUCAACGGCGCAACGGCAGACGCUGAAGCGGAGCGAUUUCAUUGGCACAUUGGCGGCCAUGCAUCCUUCCAAGCAAUCAUGCAUGUUCUCUCAGAACUGCGCAACCCGGAGUUUGAGACUCCAGAUCGACUGCGAGCUUUGAGGGCCCUCCAAGUCACAAGGACUCUCAAGGAGGGGCUUACCAGUAAACCCUGGCUAGUGGUGAAGUCCAUGAUUGACAGGGUGAUUUCAGACCAUUUAGCCACUCAACUGAGUCGACCACACACGGCAGCUACUUCCUCCACUUCGUAUCCAAGCAGCGAACCCAUGGAUUUGUCAAAGCAACUAGCUGAAGUAAACAUGGGAGCAGGGCCGCCUUUCUAUGUCGACGAAAACCCAUCUUACACCCUUCCCGAGCCCACUAGGGCUCCUGGACAGUAUGUCCAGGUGGAUUUUCCCCAAAUGAACCUGAACAACAUGGUUGGAUUGGACUUACAACAAGACGUCUCAAUGGAUUUCGAUUGGGGAUUCUGGGGGGAUCCGGUGGAUCUUGCGACCGUCGACUACUCCUCAUGAUGCCUUUCUGGUAGUAUGCAUUUUAUGUAUACUCUGACCCUAUCUGAAAGAGCAAGAUAUCGUAUAGAGCUUGACAGAGCUGGGUCAGGAAAUCGUCUUU